GAACAUCCUUGAGAAAUUACACUCAAGUCAAGCCUGGCUAGCUUGGUGCAAGACAUUGAGCUCCUGCCGAUGCUUAUAUCCAUGCAGAUCUUAAAGAAGUUGUAAGGUGCAAGAUUGCAAAAGAUCUACUUGUCGAAAAUUUAGAGAUUUUGCGAGCAUAGAUGACGACUUUUGAUCGAGGAUUUUCUUCUUAAUGUCACAGUCAAAUCUAGACACAUGGAAAUCAGACAUCUGGCGAUGGCGUUUCUAUGGGAUUGCGGCGUAUGAGAGUAUUUUGUUAUCACUAGUGUCAUUCGUAGUGACCACAAGUUCCACUUUUGUCUGGAGCUUGCGCAUCAGGGACUUAUUUCAAUCGCUGAUCAACCCAUGGCUAUGGUGUCUUUUCAUGCUCGAAAUUGCCCUACUGACAGCUACAUUGAUAGCCCAGGCGCAGCUGCUGAGGGUCUCGGGGCUGCAGCAGCCUCGAUGGCUGCGCUCGGGCUUUCGACUGCCCAAGUGGUUUGUGGAGCCAGUCGCUAACAUACUGGGCCAGGUGCAGACAGUAGGUGGCCUGAUAGACCUCUCGCUCUACUAUGCAGCGUCUGCCAUCACCGGUGCUGCCAGCAUGUACUACUUCACAUCGCUUCUUGGCCGAAAGGGAGCUGAUUGGACAUGGUGGUUUGGGCUUGUGCUUGGGGUCCUGCACGCAACAACAGUUCUCGCCAGGGGUAAGAACGUUCUAAGCUUUCCCAUCAUUCACCAGCAGCGCAUCUUCAAAUUGAAGAAGGAGCUGCCCAAAGGCAGCUGUCUGCUGAACAUUGUAAUGGUGGAGCACCUGCGCUUUGCCCUGCCUGGAGACGCCGAUCCCAAUGGGAAGCUCUUUGCAGUCUUGCAAAAUGACAAGGUGGAGAAAGUGGCAAAGCAGGUGGCAGCAGUACUGCCACAGACUGGGGCAAAGCCAGGCGAGGCGCGCCCAGAGUCACACUCGGCACCAAAGUGGAAUGUGCAUCCCACAUCCACCAAGCCGCUGGGGGCAAUGGGGCGCGCACAGGAGGAGGCGGCAGGGUAUCUCAAGUCGAGAUGCUGGCAGAGCGUGCAGUGCAUCCGAGUGCUGGCUGCACUGAGCGUCGCUUCACAAUCUGAGGACCGGCUUGGCACUGCCCAGCUGUCGGAGCCGACUGUGGGCGCCGUCACGGCAGUGCUGGCGAGUACAGUGUCGGCGUUGCAGGCUUAUGCAAAGACGUGUGUGGCGGCUGCUCCCAGGGGAAGCGCCCUGGCACAGCAGUCCAUGGGGCCCGAUGCAUCAGGUGCGAUGCGGAGCGGGGAAGUGGGUGCACCAGUGUUUGCUCUGCACGACGCAGCUGUAGCAGCGCUGUACAGCAUCCUUGGAGCCUUUGGGAGCGAGCUGAUUGACAUUGUGAAGAGCAGCAAGGCCCAGCUUCCCUUUGGGACAUCUGCCGAUGUGGUGGCCCUGCUUAACAGAUGCGACAAAUGCCAGGAAUGA